UACUGUUCUGUCUAAAUUUCUAUGACAGUGCAAUUUUUUUUCUAUUUACACAAAUAUUCACAAAAUAAACAAUGCCAGUUUCAACAGAAAAUUAUGACGAUGAAAUAGCAGAUGGCAAAAACGUGAGAACAGUAAAAUGUUCCUACUGUCAGUCUGUAAUUUUAUUACCAGCUUCAGGAUCUUUCCUUAAAACACAGUUCCAAUUGCCCUUAAUGAAGCAGAACAAAACCAGCGAUUUAGACCCCAAAAAUGAACUCAUUUCUUCGUUCUGGUGUGUGCCUGAUAUGUACACCUUUCAAAAUGUAGGCUUCUCCAAUACUGUUGGGACAACUAAGUUCUUGGCAUGUGCUGAUUGUGAAGCAGGCCCCAUAGGAUACCACGACUUAGAGAAUGGAAAGAGCUAUAUUGCUUUGCCUAGAGUGAGACAUUGUUGAUCCUUUGCCUAAUAUAUUGUUUGUCGAUAUGUGAUAAAAUAUCUUUUGGUGUCGUUUAAGUAUGUUAGUCGAAGUGGAAUAUAUGAAGAUAAUAUAAAUUGAGAAAUUUAA